GGGUACCCCACUACAUCCCUGCGUGUCUGCGACGAGGAGACAAAAACAAGGGGAGCAGCAGAGCAGAGGGUGAGGUCUGCUCAGUCAGCAAACUGGAACAGAAGCACCACUGCGAGGCUUCUUUGGAGGUUCUUCUUUAGUUUUGUUCGUUCUGACCAGAAGUGAGGAGCCCUGCGGUCUGCAGAGGACCAGCGCGCGGGAGUGAUUUGGAGGCUGAAAACAGAAACGUCGGAUCUGAACAGGAUGGAGAGCCGCCGCUGACGGAGAUUCCCGAGCUCUCCCCUCCUCACACACCAACAGGUCCACCGAGCCCAUCUUCACCUCCAAAAUCUUUACUCAACCAACAAAAGAGCUGGAGCCGAGACGGUCAAGCAUGGAUGUGCCCAGGAUGGCCGAGGGCCUCUUCAGCAGCACGCUGUCCUCGUCAGGCGGUGGCCAUCACGUGCCUUCCUACCUGACGCUGGAGCAGAAGGCGGCCUUCGUCUUCGUGCUGCUGCUCUUCAUCUUCCUGGCCCUGCUCAUAGUGCGCUGCUUCCGCAUCCUGCUGGACCCCUACCGCAGCAUGCCCUCGUCCAACUGGACAGACCACACCGAGAAGGACACGUUCGAUUACCGCAUCGUCUGAGGAGCCCUGAUUAAUUACAACAUACAAAUAAAUAAGUAAAAGGCUGAUUCUGAUGCUCAAACAACAAAUGUCUGCAGAUUCACCAGGAAAACAACAGCUUUCAGAAAAUCCUCUGAAAGUUCAGAGUUUCGACGGCGGAUUGUCGUCGAGAUGAGCGCUAACCAGAGUUCAACAGCUUCUCCCUGCCAAAUCUGAAAAUUACUAACAAGACAACCAGAACUAUGCUAUGAAGAUUACGGAUCAAACCCCCAUAACUGCCGUUCCCUCCCAUCAGUUCUCCAGUGGACUACCUCGUUCCUCCUCCAUCUCAUGUGCGGAAGACUUGGUGUUUUCUCACGUCUCACACAGGGUCAAAUAUCUUUUAGAGGUCCAAGCCAGUUGGAUACUAACAGUGUUUACACCUUAUCAUCUUUACGUCCUUAGAUUUGUAUUGAUAAUGUAGACAAUCAGUGUUAAAAAACAAAAACCGCGUGGAUAGUCGAGGUUGUUGAGGUAUUUAGUUUUUUGUCUUAAUUUGUGGACGGACGCAAGAGGUCCCACAGACUUUGUAUGACUGAUGUAAUUCAGGCGAAGAGUAAUUUUAAUGCCUUAUGUCUUUGUAGGAUAUUCCGUGGUGGUUGUUACCUUCUAGACAGUUGGAUAAGACUAGUUUUUAGGGUCCUAAAGCAGGUUAAAUAAUCACAAAGAAGGAAACUGUCAUGGAAGAGUUCUCCCUUUAAUGUUUAAGGUUUGGACAGAUAAGUGCCAGCAGUGAGGGACGACAAGUGUUCUGUGUGUGCGAUGAAAAAAAAGGGCCCUUCGGUGUCCACGUCCUUUCGAUGUCAACAACCAAAAGAGGUAUUGAAGAAAAAAAAAAAACGUUUACUGUGCUGUACCGUGUGCCUAAUUUAGAAAAAAAAAAAAAAAUUUUAGAUUGAUGUUUUAGGAAGAAGAAUUUUUGGUCUUUCAAUGUGUUUGUGUUUUUGUUUUUUGCGUAGUGCUCAUUUGGAUACACUUAAACAGCAUUUAACUGCCUGCAGUUGGUAUAUUGACAGUUGGUAUGCCAGAUCUGCAGAGUGUCGAUGAUGAAGAUGACGAUGCGUUUUCACGUCAAACCCUUUACUAACUGAUGUUUGUGGCUCUUUCGUUGGCCAAUUUGUUUCAACUGUGCGCCUUAUAGUGUAGAUUGUUUACAGUAUCGUCAGUGUUGCGGAGACGCUGGAAAUCAGCCGGUCUUUGCACUUCACGGAGAUGUCAUACAAACCCGCAAAAAAAAAAAAGAAGAAAACAUGUUAACCUGCUCUUGUUGUGGCCGGGACAGGAAGUGAAAUCUGCCCCUGUCGAUGACGUGUGAUGUUCUUGUGAUCUGCUGUGGCCUUUUCCUACCUAUCGCAGAUGUUGCGAUGUUGUGCAGAGGUGAUGUGUCGUCCCCCCCGCAUGUAUUUCUUGCAGAGUAUCCCCUCCUUGCAUGAUAAAUGGUGAAGUGCUUUAAUCCUGAUGUUGUAGCUGUGGGUCAGUUGCUCAAGCAGCUAUUUUCCUGUCUGUACUGGAGCCGUUUUUGUUUCAAUCUGUUCUCCUCCUGGAGCCGCCGUUCUUUUUUCUAAUAAAAAUGAUCAGAGAGCAAAA